AUGGCCGGCCCAACCCACCUCACCCUAUGCAUAACCCCCCCACUGACAAACCCUAACCACCCACUUCUCUCCCCACCACGAUCCACCUCCCCCUCCUCUGCCCCCGAUUGGAUCGGGGGAAUCGACCCCGAUGCCGCCGCCUGGGACCACGUCGCCAGAGCCGCCACCGCCGCCCACCACGUCGACCUCCCCAUCCCCUGGACUGCCCCCACCAGACUGCUUCUUCCUCAUCUCCUCCACCUCCCCGACCAGAUCUGGGCUACGCCCCUAGCGCACCCGACGCCACCGCCGCACACCGUUGCACCUUCGUCGGAUCUCCACCAACACCGCCGCCACUCGCCGUCCCUGGAGCCGCCUCGAUGCCGACUGCCUCAAUCCCCUUCGCCGGACUGCCUCCCCUACGUCGCCAGCGUCCCCGUCUUCCUCCUCGCGCCCCACUACCCCGUCCCUACGAACCCCGGUGAGGACCCUGGUCCUCCUCUCUCCCUCGCCCCGCGACCACGCCUCGCGCACUCCGGCCUCGCGCUCACCGCGGUCGGGCCGCGCCCUGGCCAUGCGCCGCGCCGUCCGGCCGUGCCCAUCGCCCAGCGGUCCCCACGCCACCGCCGCCCGCACCUUACGUCCACGGCCACCUGCACAUGCCUCUCCCGCCCUUGCUCACUACCCCGCGUGGCCUUGACGCUGCCAUCUCCGGCGUCCGUGCGCCCGCGCUGCAUCGGCGCCCGUCCGCGCCCGCGGACCCCUUCCCUUGUCAUCGCGGUGGCCGUCGGCGCCUCGCUGCUCCUCUGCCACCCGACUCCCGCGGCCGGUGCUCGCUCCCGCAUCAGCGCCCGUUCGGGCUGGGCGCCAGCGCCCCUGUGCCCACACGCCCGUAACCGCAUCGCCCGGUGCCCGCUGAGGCCUCCGGGCCACUGA